AUGUGUAUCGUUGUCCGAAGCACCUCCCACCACCUCAAGGACUGGGGGACAGAGAACCCCCAGUCCAAACUCCCAGUGUGUGCCGGCUCCCCACCGGAGCCCAGGGCAGAGCAGUGUGCAGCCUUCAACACGCACGAGUUCAUGGGUCGCCUGUAUGACUGGGAGCCCUUCACUGAGGUGGGUCUGGAUAAGCAGUGUGAGCUGACCUGCAGGCCGGUGGGCUAUCGCUUCUACGUGCGUCAGGCGGAGCAGGUCCGAGAUGGGACACCCUGCCUCAACCUCACCACAAACGACCUGUGUGUCGGCGGACGCUGCCUGUCGGAGGGUUGCGACGGCGUCCUGGGCUCUAGUGUGGUGAUUGACAGGUGCGGGGUGUGCGGUGGGGGGGAGCGCACGUGCCGCAAGGUGUCCGGGAGCUUCCGGAACACCACGGUUCCCCUGGGUUACCACAAGAUCCUGGACAUCCCCGCUGGGGCCACCUUCAUCAACAUCACCGAGAGACGCUCCAGCCCCAACUACCUGGCCAUGAGAAGUGGUACUGGGGUAUCGGUGGUAAACGGGCGCUGGGCGGUGGACCCUCCUGGGGAGUACCAGGCCGGGGGCACCAGCUUCACCUACGCCCGACCCAGCACGCAGAUCGAGGGGCAGGAGGAGAUGGGAGAGACCCUGACCGCGCCCGGUCCCACCACCACCCAGCUGCAGCUCUAUAUCAUCUUCCACCGGCAGAACCCGGGCAUCGACUACGAGUACCACCUCCCCGUGGAGCGGGCCGAGCGGGAGAGGGAGAAGCCCAGGGAGCGGGAGAGGGAGCGGGAGAGGGAGAGGGAGCCGGCCAGGGAGCGGCCCCGGGAGAGGGAGGGGCUGUGGGAGGGGGCCAGCUCGCCCCUGCGCAGCGCCGGGUCCAUCACGGUAUCACUGGAAGAGCCCGCUCGUCAUCCGGUGUCAGUCCCCUUGUUCCCCUCCUCCUCCUCCUCCUCUUCCUCCUCCUCCUCACAUGGGUGGUCCCCCGAAGUCUCCCGCCCUCGGGGCUCGGCACCGCACCGGAACCCCCGCAUCCCCCCGCGCACAGAUCUGCCCCUCGACACGCAGUCGCCCUUUGUGUGGCGCCGGGGCGAGCUCACCGAGUGCUCUGCUUCCUGUGGCAAAGGUUCACAGCACCGGGUGAUUCUAUGCAUCAACCGCUUCACCGACCAGGAGGAGUCAGACAGGAAGUGCGACUCGGCCACUAAACCCGGCCCCGAGGACGAGCCCUGCAACGUCCAGCACUGCCCGCCGUUCUGGGAGGCGAGUGGCUGGUCCGAGUGCAGCGUGUCCUGCGGGCCGGGCGUGCAGCAGAGGCAGCUCCAGUGCAGGCAGCGGUUUGGGAACCGCUCCACCAUGGUGCAGCCCCAGCGCUGUGCGGCCCUAACCCCCCCCCAGGCCUCGCAGGCCUGCCAGCUCAGCCCCUGCUCCCACUGGGAGGUGGGCUCCGACUGGGGCUCGUGCUCAGUGGACUGUGGCGUGGGCAGGAGGCUGCGGAGCGUGCGCUGUGUCAGUGACCAUGGCAACGAGGUCCAUGAAAAAGAGUGCCACUCCAGGCUUCGCCCAGAGGGAAGUGAGGACUGCAACAUGGGGCCCUGUGUUACCAACUGGUACUUCACCGGUUGGGCAAAUACUUGUUCGGCGCCGUGUGGCCCCGGGGUGCAGAAGAGGGAGGUGCUGUGUCUGAGCCAUGGCGGCGGGAAAGAUGGGGGAGACUGUGUGGGGGACAAGCCUGCAGAGAUGAAGGCGUGCAACACGGGGGUGUGCAAGCCCACCAGAAUGUGGUACAGCAGCCCCUGGACUCAGUGCAAUGUUGCGUGCGGGAAUGGAACCCAGCGCCGAGACAUCAUCUGUGUCCAGAAGAUGGGGAGCGAUAUCACUGUGGCACCAGCAGGCCAGUGUGCGGAGCAGGCCAAGCCUGUGGCCGUGCAGCAGUGUGAGAUGGGAGCGUGUAAAGCCCAGUGGUUCACCACAGAGUGGAGUGCGUGCUCUCGAUCCUGUGGAAAAGGACUUCAGAUGAGGGAGGUACGGUGCCUGACGGUGGACAAACAGUACAGCCAAGAAUGUGAUUUUUCCCCCAAACCAGAACAGGAACAAUUCUGCAACACCAUACCCUGCGGUCCACAGGUUACAGAUGAGAACUGCAGGGACCGCCGGUCCAACUGCAUGAUGGUGGUCCAGGCCAGGCUCUGUGUCUACUCCUACUACAAAACCGCCUGUUGUGCCUCAUGUACCCAUAACGCCCAGCGUGCCAAGAGACACUGAGCAGCCAGGUCCAGGUCCAACAGGGCUCCAGCAUAUGUUGGGGUGGGGGCGGGGUCCAAAUCCAACCAGAUCAAAGCUAAGCAGCACCAGCGACCCCGUGCCUGUCAACACCCCCGUCACCAGAUGAAAUCUUGUGUUGUUCUCCACAUUCUCCACGUAAAGGAGGCGUUGUGUAUAUAUAUAAAGCCACAGAGUCACUUUGAACCACCAUUUCCACAACUGUUCCCCGCCGACCCACUCUCUCUUCAGGACUCUGUCACUAAAGUGUGUGUGCAGCACAAUGAUCUCCAGUCUGGGACGCCUGUUGGUAUGGAUGAGAGUUUUAACAGAAGGUUGUUCCAUGAUCUCAGUGCUCUCCUUUCAACCUCUCACAGCUGCCUUCUUAAAACCAGACCGAUACCCUCCUCUAGAAUAUGGGAGUGUGUGAUAUUUUUUGUAUAGAGAUGCUGAGAUUUCAAUGUGCCUCCACAUUGAGGCUGUGUGGCGCCCCAGCCGAACUCCAAGGGUUCAUUUGCAUAUUAUAUAUGUUUACUUUUUUUGCCAAAAAAAUCUUCACGCUUGGUGGCCUCUUCAGAUGAAUGUUUGGAGACAUGAACCAAAGGAACGGGCUGUCGGUGUCCGUGGCAGUAUCUGACCAAACCCCAGCGUGGAUCACGAUGAGGAGGGCGUUGUAGCACAUAGCUGAGCCUCUGCGUGUGAUGGGAGGAGGAGGACAUUCUAGCCCAUAGCUCUGCGUGUGAUGGGGAUAAUAACUCACAGACACAGUCUCCUCAAGGGCCCCCUUUUGUCCCCAAGGGGCCCUACUCUUCGGGCACCUCAAAGAGGUGAUGUUUAGCUUUGAGUUCCUGUCGAUCACAACAACUAAAUAGUUACGACGAUGAAGAAACAUUAGAUUAUGAUUGCAGUCAACCUAAUAAUAAUCAUAAAAACCUUUCACCAAUUGACUAAUUUGAUAGUGAUGAAAUGAAAGGGCCACAGAUGGGCCUGAGGGUUUCUCACCUCGUCGUUGCGUGUCCCAGACAUGCAAAGCCUUCUUAUCGUGUGACUGCCAAGGCAAGGAAAAAUGUGACCGAAGAAAAAACAAUUUCUUCCAUUUAGCCGUUUUUUUCUGCAAUGUUUUAUUGUGGAAAUGUUUAAUGCUUCCGACAUGACCCCUGUAGGACGUCUGGGUAUAAUAACAGAGAUGUUGGAACAAGGAACAGGGCUAACAAAUCUGAAUUAUUAAACAGUUAAGCGAUGGUGCGUUAAAGACUUAACUGCCUUUUAAUUAUCAUCAUCUCUUGGAAUAUUGCUUCAGUGUUUUCCUUUUUUCUUAUUCUAUUCUAUACUCUCUCUCUCUCUCUCUCUCUCUCUCUCUCUCUCUCUCUCUCCCUCACCUUCUCACUCUAUCUUUCUCUGUUCUUCUUUUCCCUUCAGAACAACACAUUUACAAACUCUCACCCUCAUGCACGUUCAUAAAGACUUGUGAGCGACCUGUGUAUUUGUGCAUAUAGUUUAUUUUCACACCAUGAUUACUCUUAAAUGUAUUGUGUGCUGUUAUUGACUGCUGGAAACAUUUAUUAUCACAUCUAACAGUCCUGUUAUAUUUCAGAAUAUGCCUUCAAAUGCGAAUCAGUCAUUUUAUUUUGUGUGUGUAUUCGCGUAUGUGUAUACAUGACGGUGUAUGAGUGUGUGUAUGUGUGAGUGUGUGUGUCUGUGUGUGUGCGUGUGUGUCUUGUUUUAGUGGCCCUGUGAAUGUUCAUUUUGCGUGUCUAAUCUCUUAGUGGAAAAAUCAAUUUUAUAUAAAAAAUAGAAUCAAGGUUAGUUAUUUAUGUAUUAUUAAAAUAACAUAUAUUUAUUUUUUUGCUCUUAAAGAAGGUAUAGAAAAUUCCUGAUGUUACUUAGAAGAGUUUAUACAAUUGUUAUUGUUGAUGAUUGGACAGAUUUUAUAUUAUUUGCAAAAACCAAGCACUGCAGUGCAAGAAUAUGCUACCACAAAGCUUCAUUUUAAAUAAACCUGAUAAAAAUAAAUUAAACUGGUGUUUUUUAUGUUUCAGUUUCAUUAG